UUAGAGAUUUAUUAAUUGUUAAAUUAUGAUGACAGCUGAUCCACUUAGGCGGCUCUCGUCCACGGCCACGGCCGUCGCAGCUGUAUUCCUGACGGUGGCGGUAUGGGCAGAGUGCGGCGGCGGAGGAGCGGUUACCCUGGAAGUCAGCAACCAGAGGAUCUUGCCGGAGAACUACCUCUACAUCUGGUGCUCCGAUGGCGUGGAGCGAGAGAAGGGCCAAAAAAUACCGCCGAAGAAGGUCCUUCAGAUCCAGGUUGCCAGCGGUGGUGCCUGGAAGGGCGGCCAGCAGCUGCCGUAUAUUUGCACGGGGACAUACACCAAGUUCUACAGGAUGGAUGCGGCGCCGUAUUGCAUCUACAGUUCUCGUACUGCUGCUGGCGGCGAUGUCCGGGUGAUGGCUAAUGAGACCAGCUUCUAUCGCUGGAAUGGGGAGAAGCGAGCUUGGGAUGUAAUCCGGCCGUCGCUUCCUUGAUCCAAUCCAACAACCUAUUGGGCUUCUUGUCAAUGCUUCUUUUUGGGUUUGUUAUUUUUUGUUUUGGGCCAGUGCUUGGGUGCCAUUGUUCAUGCAGCAAUAAAGGUAUAUCCUAAAGCUUUAUCCAAAGUGGGUAUUGUCAUACAUUGGAACCACAAAGCUUUGAAGGUAGGUGGGUGUGGAAUUUUAAA